AUGGCUUCUACUUCCUCGGACACUGUAUCGCCGGUAUCUUCACUUAGUUAUAAUAGACCGGCCGCGUCUUGUAAUUCUCCGCCACGGGUUAGCCUGAAAACGUCGAUGACUCACCCCAUCAACAUCAGCUGGAUCGUUCCUGAGGAGCUGAUUGAAGGUCUUUCUUUGGACCCUCUUUCUGCGUCGAUAGACCUUUUUGACGUAUAUACCACUGCGUCUCUUUACCACCAUUAUUAUGAAGCUGUUAGAAAUACCUUUCAAGCUUCACAAAAACGCGGCUCUCGUACGUAUCAUCGUCCGAAUUUAAUAGGUAACCUGGCUCUAAGUUCAUGUCCUGGUAAAAAAGUUCGACUUAGUGGUCCAGUAAGAGGAAGGGCAACGAUUAAUCGUGAUUUGGAUCUGGAUUUUCAAAGAUUAAAAUCUUCGGACAUAUCUAUGAUUAUAUGGUAU